AGCUUUUGGUCCUGCUGCUUGCAAAAUUAAGACGAUGGAGGCCAUGUUUGACUGGGAGGAUGUAGAGGAGGAUAAAGAGGAUAAGGAGUCCGAGCACAAAGGCUUCAUGAACAAACUGUACGCCAUCCAGGACGUUUUCUUCAGCGUUCAGAACGCUUUGGACGAGGUGGCGUCGAACGGAGAGAGGAUCAAGAACACGGUGAACUGGACGGUCCCCUUCCUCAGCUGGCUGGCGAUCGCUGCUCUGCUUUCUGCCGUCGUCCUCCUCUACCUCGUCCCUCUGCGCUACCUGGUGCUGAUCUGGGGUGUGAAUAAGUUCACAAAGAAGCUGCGCGACCCGUACAUGAUCGACAACAACGAGCUGCUCGACUUCCUGUCCAGAGUGCCCUCCGACGUGCAGGUGAUGCACUACCGCGAGCUGAGGGUGGAUCCGGGUCAGAGUCCCAGCAAACGCAGAUGACCGAUUCAAAGUUAGCGUCUCUUCCUGUAAACAUGUAAAAUAAUUUUAUUUAAAGGGGACCUAUUAUGAAAAAUGCACUUUC